AUGCGCACCCCAUCCCUGCUCUGGGUGGGCGAUGGGGUGGUGAUGGAGAGAUUGCCGCACUUUGGCUCUCAGCCAGGGCUAGGCAGACAAACGGACAGGGAAAGCACCCAAGACAAAGAGAGUCAGGAUGUGCAGACCUUUCAAAACAAUGACAUUUUCCGCAUCCUUGCAUCCGGCAAACGGGGUCUUCAGAAACUGCCCUUCAGCCGUGCCCUGAAAAUAGCUGCCACUUGUCCUGGUUCUGAUUUCAGACUCAGCUGCACCAUGAGGACCUUAGUAGCCCUGCUUCCUCUGCUCCUCAUACCUCACACUGAGGGAAGUGGACACUGGACAUACCCAGACAAUGAAUGGUCUGAGCAGUAUCCGACUUGUGCAGGAAAGAGUCAGUCCCCCAUCAACAUCGAGACAGAGAACGUAUUGGAGAACAGGACUCUGGGGACCCUAGAACUGACUGGCUAUGGUCUUCAGGAUGGAGAGUUCCUGCUGAUUAACAAUGGCCACUCAAUCCAGCUCAGUCUGCCAUCCAGCAUGCAUAUCAUUAGAGGGCUACCCCAGGUCUACACAGCUGCCCAGCUGCACUUUCACUGGGGUGGAAAGACUGCAGAAUCCCACGGUUCGGAGCACCUCAUCAAUGGAGUUCAGUUUGACAGUGAGAUGCACAUUGUACACUACAAUUCUGAGAAAUAUGGCAGCUUUGACGAAGCCCAGACCGAGCCAGAGGGUUUAUCUGUGCUCACAGUCCUCAUUCAGGCUAAGAAAGGUCAAGACAAUAUUUAUUAUGAGAAGAUUUUUUCCCAUUUGUCCGAGAUCCAAAAUGUAGGGGAGAACGUAACUCUGAACUCCAUUGACGUCGAGCACUUGUUGCCCCAUGACUCCUCAAGAUUCUUCCGAUAUUUUGGCUCAUUGACCACUCCCCCAUGCACUCAGAAUGUCAUAUGGACUGUUUUGGUAAACCCUGCCACCAUUUCUACAGCACAGCUGGAGAAGCUUCAGAACUCCGUCUUGAAUAGUAAUAAUCAGAUACUUCAAAACAACUUCCGGGAGGUUAAGCCCCUCAACCAAAGGAGAGUGGAAGCCAAUUUCUCACCUAAAGGAAAAGGAAAAGAGUCACGGUUAUGGUCACGGUUCCUGCCCAAGCCCCAGGUUCAAGGCUCUCAAGAGGCGUAGUGUCAACUGAAACGCAGAAGCCUGGAGAUGAGCUGGAAUGUCUGAAGGUAACGGAGGUGGUGCUCUAAAGAAAAAAGCAACCUGAGAUACUUCUCUGCAGUUCAAAAAUGCACAAAAGAGGCAAUCCUUAUGAGAAAUAAAAAGAAGCCUUGUAGAUAACCAUCAUCAGGCUCCAGCUUACACCGGGAGCUAGAAGAUGCCAGUUCACCAUUUCCUUCACCAGAAAAACAUUCCUUGCUCUGGAUCCUUCCUUAGUUGCUCUCUUAUCUAUGCAAAUCUCCUUCUUGGAUUACUAACCUUGUGCAUUUCCCAGAUGCUCUUAGUGGAACUGCUGUUGCUGAAAUGAUCAGAUGAUGGAAUUAAAUUAUACCUGGAG